AUGAGAACUCGAUCGCAGCGGAACCCUUCCACCAGUCUCGGCACCGCUAACACUAAAAGCCAUUCAGCUCGAGCAGAUUCAUUGCCCAGCGUGGAGUGGGAUCGUGCUGAUGUGGAUCACAUGGAAUUUGAUGUGUCGACGAGCACGUAUUACGUUUUUCUAAGAUGGCCGAAUGGGGAUGUGUCUGAACAUUCCAGAGAGGAAGCUUACGCAAAGUGUCCACAGCAGAUGCUUCGAUUCUAUAUAAGACAUAUCAAGCUAGUUUGA